GCCCAAGUCAAGGCCCAGUAAAGAGAAGGGUGAAAGAGUCGAGAUUAGAGAGUAGAGACUGAGAAAAGUCCGAGCUUUGAGCUGAAGAAAGAAUGGAGGAGUCAGUUCCAUGGAAGACUCUGCAGAGCAGAGAGUACCAAGGUCACAAGAAGAAGGUCCAUUCGGUGGCUUGGAACUGCACCGGCACUAAGCUCGCCUCCGGCUCCGUCGAUCAAACUGCUAGGGUUUGGCAUAUCGAGCCCCAUGGCCAUGGUAAGGCUAAAGAUAUUGAGCUAAAGGGGCACACUGAUAGUGUGGAUCAGCUAUGUUGGGAUCCCAAACAUGCUGAUUUAAUUGCAACUGCAUCAGGAGAUAAGACUGUCCGUCUGUGGGAUGCUCGUAGUGGGAAAUGCUCGCAACAGGCAGAACUUAGUGGGGAGAACAUUAACAUCACCUACAAACCUGAUGGCACACACAUAGCUGUUGGCAAUAGGGAUGAUGAACUAACAAUUUUGGAUGUUCGAAAGUUUAAGCCAAUUCAUAAGCGCAAGUUUAAUUAUGAGGUAAAUGAGAUAGCUUGGAACAUGAAGGGUGAUAUGUUUUUUCUGACCACUGGAAAUGGUACUGUCGAAGUUCUAUCAUACCCAUCUCUUCGACCACUUGACACUCUUAUGGCCCAUACAGCUGGUUGCUAUUGCAUUGCAAUUGACCCAACUGGAAGGUUUUUUGCGGUUGGAAGUGCUGAUUCUUUAGUCAGCCUGUGGGAUAUCUCAGAGAUGCUUUGUGUGAGAACAUUUACAAAACUCGAGUGGCCUGUAAGGACAAUAAGCUUCAACCAUACCGGUGAAUAUAUUGCUUCGGCUAGCGAGGACUUGUUCAUUGAUAUAUCAAAUGCGCAAACUGGAAAAACAGUGCAUCAAAUUCCAUGUCGGGCGGCCAUGAAUAGUGUUGAGUGGAAUCCCAAGUACAAUUUACUUGCAUAUGCUGGAGAUGACAAGAACAAAUAUCAGGCUGAUGAAGGUGUUUUUCGAAUUUUUGGCUUUGAAAGUGCUGCCUGAGAGAGAUUGCCUGAGAUUGGGAACCCUUUAUUGGAGUUGUGGUGGUUGUUAAUGAAACGAAUUGUAAAAAAUAAUUUUCUAUUCAGAAUUUAGAUAUUGAAUUGAAUUGAUUAUAUUGGCAGCAGUAUCAUAUUUCAUAUUGAAUUGAUUAUAAAAAAGAAGAAGCAAUUUUCCCAACCAUCA